AUGGAAGUGAGGGGACUCAAGAAUGUUAUAUGGGAGACUGAUGAAGAGGGCCAUUAUUAUGCAUUGUGUGCUUACGUUCAUGUACCCGCAGCUACAUUGACUUUGCCUGGAUUAGAGGAAGGAACAGUGCCUGUGUUUCCAGCACCCACUACAUUCAAAUACAAAAUUAAUGAGAUGUUACAUUCAAUAUCAAGGAAGCAAUUACCUAUGCUGCCAGCCUUUGUAUUUACGGAUUACAAAGUCCAGGGACAUUCAUUAUUGAACAUCAUUGUUGAUCUUGCUAGCGCUACUUGUCUACAAAAUGUCUAUGUCAUGCUAUCUCGAGCAACUUCAUUAGAAAGCAUUGGAAUAUUGCAUUGGUUCUCAUCCCAUGAUGUAUACAAACAGCUUUCUGGUGAGUUGCGUGAAGAAUUUGCACACUUAGAGGAUCUAGACAUCAUUACAGCACUUGAAUUUGAGAGUGAAUUUGACUAUCUUGGUGCGACCUUACCAGUUAUGAAUGAGGCAUAA